AUGACUUCAAACAACGAAAGUCGAUCCAACAAGUUGAAUGAAAAGCGUACAAGUGUUCAAAUGAAGACAAGUUUCUCACAAGAAGUCUACAAGACUCCGAUUAAACAGAUUCUCACUGCUCCUUCUCAAUCUCACUCACGGAUCACACCCGGUGGACAGCUAUUUCUUUGUGUGAUGGGACUUCUGAUAAGUGUAGCUAUCAGCAUCUGGCUUGCUGCCUUCAGCCGUGAAAGUGGAUGGCGUCGGGCAGUUUUUUCAUCAGCAGCAGCAGUCUGUGCCAUACUCUUCGUUUUGCUCACUAUAAUGACCUACAGAAGAGCAAAGAACCCACCAGAGCCAGAACCGCUCCCAGAUCUUUCCCAACGUCGAUCGACAAUCGGAGCUCGAGUCAGUAAGCGAUCAAUUGCGGCUGGAAUGAGCGCAGACGACUGUCCGACUCAGGUUCUAGUCACCGGAACACGUGGUUCAAUUCCAUCUUAA